UACUUCUUUUUGUUUGUGUAGGUUUUGCAAUAAAAUCAUUCCCAUUUGAGUUAUAGAAUUGUAGAGUUUGUUGACAUACAGAGUAAAUAUUCCACAUUUUGGCAAACAUGCUGCCUGACUUAAAAUCAUGUGAUUUCCAGCCCGAGGAAACGUUCUUGUAUUAUUAUGUGCUUUCAUAUUCAUUAGAUGAAUCACGAGUACCAACAGACGAGUGAGGGGGUUAGAAUAAGGACAAAUGCGCUUUUGUUUUGCAGCUCAGCUGUAAUAGAUUGGUUGUUUUUUAUCUUUAUACCAUUCAGGUUAAUUUCAAGGGUAAAAUGGAUAGUUUCUUUUUGUUCCAGUAGAAAGUCUUAACAAUCACUACAUACUUUAGAUUGUGUCACCUUCACCGAUUUUGUUCUACAAACCUUGCAAGAAAAUCAGAUGUGUGUUGAGAAAAAGACAUUGUAUUUUUAUUUUUUUUGGAAUUAAAUUUAAAAGAAAGAAUGUGUGUUUCAACCAGCAGAGGGAGCAAGUUGAGCUUGUGCCAAUAGGCUCAAAUUCAUUGAGAGAAAGUGUUGGGGAAAGCAAAGGAGACGUGACCAGUGUCACACCAGCGAGCAAGGAAAAGUGACUGCAUGGGCAGGGAAAGAAAGUGAAGUAAGGAAAAGGACAUCGAGUAAAAUAGGAAGAGAGUUACUUUGCUGGAAGACUUGAUCAAAGGCAUGGAACUCACUUCCCCCGCUCCCUCCUAACAGAUCUGACAACAAAGCAAGGAAACGUCUUCAAACACAGAUUAGCCCUUCACUUCCUCGACUGAGUUUCUUGCGACUCAUCUCUCACUCGCAGCUGCUGAUGUUCCCCGUCUCCUCUUCCUUUUUUUAUUCGCCCUCACAGUACCUCUCUCUCCCCGUUCUCCCCUCAUUCUUCUGCCAUGCAGGGUCACACUGACCUUGAUGACAUCUGAGAGAGAGUGAAAGGACUGUGGAGAUAAUGCAGCACAAAACUGAGCAGAUGACGGAGGAAAGACGGUGAAAAGGAGACUAUAGCUUGAUCAUGGUAUUCACCACGGCAUAUGCCUCCAGCAUGUCUACAGUAUAGCGUGGGCUAUUUUUAGACACAGAUGGGUAUUUUUAUGUCUCAGCCGGCCGAGGAGGAAGUAGGAAAUUCACUCUUUGGCUAAAUCCCAUUUUGUGAUGAGGAUUAGGCAGUGAGAUGUAAAGUGCCUGAGAGCACAACUGCACACGCUGCAAUGUUAAGUUUAUGCAUCUGCACGAUGAGGCUAAAUAUCUAUGGAAGGGCAAAAUCAGAGAGGCACAGUGAGACAGAGGACGAGGGGGUAAAUGAGUCAGAGGUAAAAAAAAAAGAAAAGAAAGAGGUUUAAUUGACUAAAGUGGGACGUGUCAAUAUUUUUUCCUCUGGUGACGCACUCGCCCUUUAAUCUGGCCAAUGGCUGAAAUACCAGAAUAAAAGUUGAAUGAGUUAUUCAGUGGUAAGAUUAACGGUGACGUUUCAGGCCACAGAUGACGCAAGUGUGUAUUUUAUGCUCUUUUUAUGGCCUAAAUGACGCCUGACGGUGACAAAAAAUGAACACACAAAAUCUCCCAUGGUCACUGAUUAUCACAUUUUGUGCCUUUGUCUUCACGUCCUGAUGCACUGCAGUGGAAACUUGGUACUGUAGCUUAAAUGACUCGUUUGACCAUGAGAUGAUGGCAUUUCAUUUCCACUUUGCGAUUAAUAAUAAAAAAAAAGCCUCUUGUCUUAUUUUUGGAAAAGAGCAGCUCAGUGGACAGAAAUAAAAAAAGGUUAAUGAUGAACCCACAAUAGCUUGUAAUUACACUCAUCCUUCUACAUCUCUCAGCUCAUUUAACACACUGGAUGAAACUGAAUACAUUUGACCUUGAAAUCUUUGCUAAAAAGCAAAAGCAGUCAUUACUAGUGUCUCUGCACAUUAGCAUUCUGCCGUGCAUGCGGAUCAUUUUGCAUUGUUGGCAUUGUAACGUGACACUGUUGUUAGUGACGAGCCUGCAGAAUGAUUUGAAAAAGCAGAUCAACUUUUCUCCCCGGGAUUAUGCGUCCGCUUGCAAGAAGUUACAUAAAUGUGAAGAAGUCAAUUGUGUGCAACUAAGUGAACAAGAGGGGAGGGAAAAAAAGGAGAGAAGGGUAUAGCCUAAGAGGAGGAGAGAGGAGGGGAGAGCAGAGAGACGGAUCCCAUGCCCGUGCUACACUACUGUCUGACAUUAUGUGAACUGACGGCUCCUGUGUCUGACGUCUGAUGUAUUCUGAAGUUCACAAUGAGCCUCCAGUGAGAGGAUGGAUGAAUCAUCCGGCAGAGCAACACAGAGGAGCUGCAGAGACGCUGAAUGGAAGCUCGGUCUGAAACGGCUCCGGUGUGAAUGUGUUUAUUGAAAUAGCAGAGAAUGGACAAGGUCAAACAGGAGAGGUAAAUAAGACUGCCAGUGAAGUCAGCUCAGGAGCAAAGCUUUCAGGUGAUGAAUAAAUUGCAUGCAGUGGUGGAAGAAGUACUCGGACGUUUGCAGAAAUUUGAUUUCACAUCUGUUAAAGCAAAGCUUCUCUGUGCUCUCCUUAAAUCUCAGUUAAAAAUUGUGCAUUUGAACGUCGUUUUUAUGGAAACCAUAUCGGUGCGGAUUAUUUUUAUGUUUUAAAUCCAUGGUUCUCAAACUGUGGUACAUGUACCACCAGUGGUACGCAAGCUUCCUCUGGUGGUACUUAUGAGGGGAGCUGAGGAAUUUUGACUGGAGUGCGUAGUCACAUCAUCUCUCACUCCAUAUUAAUCUAAUUUCACUAUAUCAUUGUAAGGGGAGGAUGAUGAGAGAGCAAAUGAUCUUAUUAGGAAUAAAUCUUCCUCCUGUGAAAAGUCUGUACUGCAUUUGGUAUAAAAAGUUUGAGAACCUCUGUUUUAUGUCAUUUAUGGAUGGGAUCUUUAACUUACAAAAAACAUUACUGUAUCUCUUGUAGUGAACUUUAUACAGGCCUGCAGAGAAGCACAAAUUAAUUCUGACUCAAAGCAACUUUAUAGCUCAACCUGAUUCUAAUCAGCUAAACGUAUCACGACUGUAUUACCUCAUCUCACCACAUACGGAGAAACCUGUGCUCAGUUUUAUCUACAUGACGCCAUUUCAUUUAAUCUGGAGUCAAAGAGUGACCAUUACUUUAAGGCUUAUAAAGACGCACGACACAGCACAUUAUACGUCAUCAAAUUCACCUGUGAAAGAUAUAUUUAAUUAAAGAACAAAUACAACAUGUGACUAUUAAAUAAAUGUAGUGGCACAAAAAAGAAAUUCAGAACAGUAGCAAUAGCCUGAAUUAAGAUUGGUUUUACAUCCUGGGUGGUUCAGAAUCCUUAUUUGUAAUUUCUGAAUCCAAAUCUGAAUUCAAAUCCUUCAAGCUUAACAUGACUUUGUGAUGGUUUUGCAUCUUUAUAUGUGUGUGUGUGCAUGUGUGUGUCUGUGGGAGAGAGAGAAGGAGAAAAAGUAGGGGGAUGGAUGCUGAGGGUAGCGUAGGGAGGGAUAUGGGAGAGUAGGGGGAAGAGUAAGCGUGUUAUAUUUUUAGCUUCACAGCCCCAUAUCCAUGUGAGUUUAAUCGAGUGUGUGUGUGUGUGUAUGUGUGUGUGCUUGUGCUUGCGCGUGUGUGUGUGUGGGGAUUACUGUCUCCAGCAUCUUGCUCAGGGGAAGGUAACGUGCUCGUCCGAACGAGCUUCUUCUGUCACAUUCGCAUAGAAGAGAAUCAAACUGUGGCAGGAGCGAGGGAGAGGGUGAAGGAGAAAGAGUAUGAGGCAGACAGAUGGACAGACAGAGAUGGAGAGGUAGGAAGACAGAGAGAGAGAGAGAGAGAGAAUGGGUAGAGGGGAGGGAGUGAGGACAGACAGUGUACGAGAGAGGACGGAAUGAAUAAAUCUGGCUUUUUCUACUCCUGGCGCUUGCAUCUCGCUCUGUUCACACGUGCAUGCUUCCUCUCCCUCGUCGAUCUGCUUGUUCCUCUAAUCUGUUCUUUGUUCUUGUUUACAUAUUUCCUCCCUUGUCUCAGUGUUCCUCCCCUCAUACUUCCCAGUGUCCUUGCCCUCAGGUCCUCCCUGCACACGUCCUCUGUCCUUUCUCUCCUCACCUAUGAAAAUCUCUUCCUGGCUCCCUGCUUUCCCCCCAAAUGUUGUCUUGUAUUAUAAGUCAAUGACCCGCUGAACCCUCCCUUCCCUCUCCACUCACUCCUAUUCCCAUGCAUGCCCAGGAACAUAUGCAAACACACAUGCAUACAUGUGCACUUACAUGCAGGAGAACCAACACAGGCACAGUUAGAGAGAAAUCAUAAAAGGAUUUUAUUUUACUUUUUUUUUUUUUUUUUUUUUUGCAAUGGGCAACUCUGUUAAGUCGCUUAAACACAUCGACAAGAAGGACCAGCAGAAGAAGUACAAAGCAGUGCAGUCCUGUGAGGAGGGGGGCUCUGGGGGGGCCUAUCUAGAGCCGUUAGUGGCCCUGGCCCAGAACGGAGCCAACAUGCACAACAUACUGGGGCCUGCAUGCAUCUUUCUGCGCAAGGGCUUCGCUGAGAGCCGGCAGACUGACCGACAGUUAAGGCCAGAGGAAAUGGAUGAACUGCGUGAGGCUUUCAAGGAGUUUGACAAAGACAAAGACGGCUUUAUCGGCUGUAAAGACCUGGGGAACUGCAUGAGAACUAUGGGCUACAUGCCAACAGAGAUGGAGCUAAUAGAACUAAGCCAGCAGAUCAACAUGAACUUGGGAGGACAUGUUGACUUUGAGGACUUUGUUGAACUCAUGGGGCCCAAACUUCUGGCUGAAACUGCAGACAUGAUUGGGGUGAAAGAGCUGAGGGAUGCAUUUAAGGAGUUUGACACCAACGGUGAUGGACAGAUCAGCACAGCCGAACUCAGAGAAGCAAUGAAAAAACUUCUGGGACAACAGGUCGGACACAGAGAUCUGGAGGACAUCCUCCGAGACAUAGAUCUCAACGGAGACGGACAUGUAGACUUUGAAGAAUUUGUGCGGAUGAUGUCACGGUGAGUUUGGCACAGAGAGAACGCUGAGAUGUUUCGACCUAGCAUGGCUUCACUGUAGGACAAUGGGAGGAAAAUAAAGAAAAGAUGGAUUUUGAACUUAAUGAAAACAAAUACAUAUCAACCCUGCCCUGAAACUGCCACACACACACACACACACACACACACAGAGACUGACCACUGCAGCCUGCAGGAGCAACACUGUCCAUAACACGCUGCUGUUUUUCUGAGAGCACUAAUAUAACUGACUUUCACAAAGUGUAUUUUGAAAAAUGCUUCAUAUUUUCAUUUAGUGAUGACGUUUUUAAUGACAAUGUCAUUGUUGACACAGUGAGUAAUUUUGCUCAGACUAUUUAUUAUUAACAAGACAUAUUUUCAACAGUAUGCCAGCAAAAACACCACAAAUACAACACUUUCCUUUACAUUGCUGAGAAGCAGAAAUACUAAUAUAAUAAUAUAGCAAUAUGGAAAUAUGUCAUGUGAUCCCCUCGUGUUCAUACUGUUGUUUCUCUUUACCCAAAACUGUAGAACUAUUAUCAAUAAAUGACAAAAAAGUAUUUAAUAUAUGCUCAUAUUUGUAUAUUCUGCAUGAGCAAACUGUCAUUUUCAAUGCUAAUGUUUGAGACUAUAUUUUCCAACCCUUAAAUGACAGCAACAUGUUUUGUAAUGAUGUGUAACGUAGCACUGAUGCAGUUCUUCUGACGUAAAUAACUUUAUGCCUAUACAUGUUACUGUGAUUUGUCAGUUUCAGUGUGUGAGUGUGAGCAAAUACUCUCUACAAUGAGUUGACUACUGUGAUCGGCCUUUUUUAAUAACACUAUAUUACACUGAUUUUGAAUAUUACUCUGCAUGAAUACUGUCUGCAUUUGAUCUUUCAUGCAGAUUUGUUACGUAUCAGAGAGCUCUGAUAAAUGUACGUUUGUGGGUCUAACAACACUUUUGACUUUGAUAUCUCCAUAAUCAGUUGAACGAUCAACCUCAUUCAUGAACUGCAAAUACCGUAAACCACGUUUUGUACCUUCAUUGACGAUAUUCUUAAAGAGGCAAUAGCUUCUUUAGGGAAAAAAAGCCAAAGAAAGUUUCUUAAAAAACAAAACAAAAAACAUUACAGUGUAUGCAGUAUGUUUUUGGACACACGAUUCAUUGGAUUUUUCUUUCCAAAUGGCUGCUUCAAAUGCCCAUGUGGCAGUUAAAUUAUUGCUUAACCGUUCCUGACUGGACAGACAACGAUAUAUUAUGUAUACUACGCAUGCUCUAAGUUAAGAUAUUAUUCUAAAGGGAAAACCGACUUUGUGAUAUAUAUUGUUUUUGUCCUAAAUGUGUGAAUCUAUGCAUGCCAGAAGACAACUGCAAUCUGUAGCAUAAUAUGUAUACAUAUAUA